CGCUGACUGAUGGUUGCUUGGGCCGCAACCGCCGCUACUCUCCCUCACCCCUGCACAAUCAACAAAUACAUGGCAACCACGAUACACGAAACCUUGUUCAACGGCAACAGCGUCGCGCACUCAAGCCAAUAUGUCAGGCUUUGGUAGCUCCAUUAGCACCCCGCGCCGUCUACGGCCAAACCUACGACCGGCAGAGUCGUCCCCUAACCUAUCCUUCUCCGCCAGCUCGGUUGCACGACAAGCCUCUCUCAGCGCACUCACCGGCGGCGCAUCGCCCUCUCCCAACAGCAUGGCCGACGGACAAGAUAUCGAUAUUGGCGAUUUGGUGGAUGUGCCGGGUGGCAUGCACGGUGUUGUCAGGUUUGUCGGCAGCAUUCGUGGCAAGAAGGGUGUCUUUGCAGGCGUCGAACUGAGCAGGGCUUUUGCAUCGCGCGGCAAGAACGAUGGCGCGGUCGAGGGCACGCAGUACUUCACAACCAACACUCCUGGCUCUGGCAUAUUCCUGCCUGUUCAUCGCGCACUCAAGCGCUCAUCAGGCACCUCAGACGACUUUCCGCCUACACCCACCACCCCCUCCUACGCGAACAACAACUUCAGCCUCUCCACCACAGAGAAGCCCAACUUCAGUCCAAACACACCCUCGGUGCCCAAAUCCAAAUUCUCACAGUCUCUCGGCCCUGGCGCUCGUGCGCGACGUCCUUCGCUACCACGCCCCGAGUCCCCGCUGCGCAAAGCCUCGAAUCUGGCUCCUCCAACACCGGGCCGAAGCGGCAGUGUCACACCCGCCCAAUUCUCGAAGAGCGCCAUUGGAGCUCCACCGAGAUUCGCUAGCCCCGCGCCUCCGCGCGCUGCUGGAGUGCAGAAGCCGCGAACUCCAGGCCCUCCCUCAAGACCGUACUCCCGCAACACCAACUCUCGCCUUGGCCAACAUGAUACAAUUGAUGAGGACGGCGAGGUUACUCCAAACGAUGCGGUACGUACCAGCAACGACUCCAUGGCGAACUUCAAGUCUAGUCGCAUGGGUAGCCGGCCGACUUCGACUCCAAAUGCGGAGGUUCAGCGAUUGAAUAAGAUCAUACAAGAGCGCGACAAGCAGCUUGAAGAGCAGGCAACCGCACUCACUGACAUGGAAGCUACACUAGCAGAGAUCCAGAGCCUCAUGCCCGAGGGCGGUUUCGAGCGCGAACCUGCUGAGUCCAGCGAUGUGCGGGAACUGCGGUCUAUGUUGAGGGACAGGAAUGACAAAAUUGCCAUGCUCACAGCUGAAUUCGAUGCGCAUCGAGCAGACUUCCGAAGCACAAUCGACACGUUGGAGCUCGCGAGCACGGAGACUGAAAGAGUCUAUGAGAAGAAAGUCGACGAGUUACAGGCAGAGUUGAUGGAGUUGCAUUCUCGCAAUGAAGACGUCGAGACUGUCGCGAUGCAGCUGAAGCAACUCGAAGAGCUGGUACAAGAGCUCGAAGAAGGCCUUGAGGAUGCUCGAAGAGGUGAGGCUGAAGCUCGGGGCGAAGUGGAGUUCCUGAGGGGAGAGGUCGAACGCGGUCGAUCUGAACUACGGCGGGAGCGCGAGAAGGCCGCAGAGGUAUUGAAGAACGCCAACACUAUGGUCGACGGGCCAGCACCUGUCGGGCAGAGAGAAAUCGAACAGCGAGACGACGAGAUCAGAGGGCUGAAGGCGAUUAUCCACUCCUUGAGCUCCGGCGUUCCCGAAGACCAUGGCCGCUCCCCUCUUUCGCGACAGGGCUCCUCUGUCGACCCUGAGGAGCUCAAGACUGCACAAGCCACCGCAGAGCGCCUCGAGCGCGAGAAGGAGGAGCUGCGCGGACUUGUAGAGAGAAAGGCCUACCGGGAAGAGGAGUUGGAACGUGAGAUUGAGAAGCUGAAGGGCCAGACUGGGACCCCUGCGCAGCGCGAGAGCGUCAUUAGCAAUGCCGUUUCCGAACACACAAUGAAGCAGGGGCCGCACUCGACAGCAAGAGAUUCAAAGGACACUGUUGGAAGCUGGCGAGCUGCACCACCAGCACGCUGCGAACCACCUACGACUCUGGAGCCUAUGGUCGAGUCAGAUGGCCGCUCAUCUGCCGCCGAUAGUGUUCUCUGGUGCGAGAUCUGCGAGACUGGAGGCCACGACAUUCUCAACUGCUCCGCUAUGGGCGGCGACGCGGCGCAAAAGGACGCCGGAUCCCACAACGGCAAGGAUGGUGUCGUUGACGCACCGAGGAACCUCUCAGUGUCUUCCGACCAUGCUCGACCUGCAGGCUUGACACCAACAAAAUCACCAGGCAACGCUCCCACGACACCCUUGCCCAUUCCAUCCUUCAACCACUCGAACUCCUCACUAGUGCCGCCAAAAGGCGCUGCUGUGGCGGAUCCAGACAAGUGGUGCGCAUUGUGCGAGAACGAGGGCCACGACGUUACAGAAUGCCCAAACGAGGAUGCUUUCUGAGCAAUGAGAGCACAGCGAGGGGCUCCUUUCCAGCGAUGAUAUCCAGGGUCGUUCGAUGCUUUCAGAUCGUUGCGUCUAGUUUUAUUUCUAAUGCUGAUACCCAAGUGCCCCUACCACCAGCUCAAAUCGUC